CCGGCCCGCGCGGCACCCUGGGGUGGCGGUAGCGGUGCGGCAGUUCCGCGGGAGCCCGGAAGACUUUCGGGCCGGGACGUGCGGCGGCGCGCUGGGUCCAUUGGAAUUGUACGUUGACAAAUCAAGGGAAGCUAAACUGAAGUGCGUGGGAAGGCUAGAGAGGCUGGAAGCCUCAGCUGUUGUGUGCGAAGAAGCUGUCAGCCUUCUAAGAGAGCAUGUAGCCAGCAAGCGCAUUGUGGUGCUUCGGUACCGAGCUGAUAUCACAGGCCUCAAUCUUUUUUUGUGAAAAGGUAUCACAAGGAAAUGUGCUGAUGUUGAAGGGGGAAAGGUGGUGGGGGAAGAGUGCUGUGAGUCAUGACAAAUUUGGGAAGAGCCUGAGGGAAACUUUUCAUCCUGAGAUACAGAAGGAUUUAUUGGCUCUUGAAGAGCAAGAGGGACCUGUGAAUUUUAAAUUUGGAGUCCUUUAUGCUAAGGAUGGACAGCUUACAGAUGAUGAAAUGUUCGGCAAUGGUGUUCAAAACUCUGUUCAAAGGGUUCAAAACUCUGCUCAAACCUGUGGACAAAAAUAUGGAGCCUGUUCCCAUAAUGAAAAGGAGCACUGGAAUUCCAAUGAGUUUCCUGUUGGAGGUGAAGGAUCCCAACACAAAAGGGAAGCUUAUGCUAGAGAGAAAAAGGAAAAGCCUCCCUCUUUACCAGAGGAGCUGCGCUCCUCCUCCACAUAUGAUCCCAUUCCAGAUGACUUGUUGUGUCCCCUUUGUAAAGAUCCAAUGAUGGAUGCAGCAGUUAUUCUCUGCUAUGGAGCAAGUUAUUGUGACGAAUGUAUUAGAACAGCAUUACUGGAAUUGGAGGAACAUACUUGCCCAGCGUGUCAUCAGGCAGGUGUUUCUCCUGAUGCUUUAGUUGCCAACAACUUCCUGCGCCAGGCUGUGAACAACUUCCAAAAUGGAACAGGCUACACAAAAGGGCUCUGUAAAGAGAUUCAGCAGCAGCAGUCACCACCACCACUUGUGACUGUGACACUUGCUGCUUUGGUGACAGCCACCAAACUUUCUAAAUCUUCCUGUCAAUCAGCAGUGUGUUGGAAGAGAAGUUCCAGUAGCAAGACAACUGGCACUACCAUGUCUUCUGGGCCCCCCCAAGAGCAAUCAAUACCCACAACUGUCCAAAAGGUCAUCCAAUGAGAGCCAGUCCAGUUUUCUCAGCAGGUGGCAGACCAGGCUGGGGACUGUAAUUGCUUUGCAUGUCCCUAACAGAGAAGCAGAUUGUCUAGAAGAAUCAGGAGGAGUUCCAGUCCACCUCUCUAUCCUUAGGUGGACUGGAUGGUUCAAGGGAUUAGCAGUGAUGGGAGCUCCACAUGUACGUCACUAGCUCAAAGAUGGCAGGGAUUACAGGUGACUGAUAGUUAUAACUGGACAGCAGUU